AUGCCACCAAUGCGAACCACACCGCGUGAGAAGCCGGUAAAGUCCCAAAGAACUCAGGAAGAGAACCAGGAAAGAGCAUAUAUCGCUGCGUCGAGAAGGAGUGACCGAACUCUUGAGGCUCGAGUGGAGUCGGCACGGAGGGCAUCAGAAGUUCACAAACGAAGAACCGGACGAGCACUGCGUAUAACCGCUGAGGAUGUCAUGAACGAGGAGAUGUAUGAAGAAGAAGGGGACGACCUACCAAUACAAUACAGACGCCUCACCGCUCAUUUGCAGACCAGCUCGGCCGAGUUCAAUCGCCGCGUCGCCGCCUACUUGACGCACCAGGUGGCGGUCCGGAGUGCGGUAGAGCAGAUGGCUCGAGAUCCUCACGGCCAGUAUUCCAACAAUGGAGUUAAUAUGUUUCCCUCUCCCAUGCUUCCUCAACACCCUAUGGCACCGUCAGUAGGAGCAUAUCAACGCCCUGCUCCUUACCCUUCUCCACAUCAACCUCGUUUCCCCCAGAAUAGUGGCACCAGAGCAGACUCUUUGACAUCAGCUCCUAAUGGACAAGAGCCCAUAUCCCCUUCGGCACCUGCACACCCAUCAGGUGGGAUUGAACAGGCCAGUAUGCCAUUUCCCUCUCCCACGCAGGUUGGCAACAAUUUUACGGGACAGCAUAUUAAGGACCAAGGCUCGAGCGCGAACUAUGAGUUCCCGCCACAGGCUCAAGCCAGAUCGGCUUCAUUCACGCCAAUGUGGCAGGAUAUGGCGCUCUUCACCACGUCACUGCCUCCAGAGUCACAGCAGAUGCUCGCACACGCUCCUGGCUUUGACAUGAAUGACCCUUUUUACGCCAUGCUGAUGCGUGGCUCAGAUCAAUACUUAGGCAGUUCAUACUACCCUUGGAAAAGUACGCACGACCCGGUCAAAGGCAUAUCUGGCAACGAUUCAACGUACCAGGGAAUGAACGCGACACUCGCGCCCGCUGCGCUCGAUAACCCCCCCGAAGAAAUACCCAAACGCCCCAGUAAUACCCCUUCAAUGUCUACGGCAGCACACACUUCUGUUUCUGCGGAAUCUGCGGAGACAAAUUCUCGUCAAAGUUCAGGACUGGACUUUGGCCUUAAGCAGGAAAGCAGAGAACCCAGCUUUUUCGCUGCUGUUGAUGGCCUGGACUCAGGUCAGGCGACCCCUGCUGGUGACGGCUUUUGGGACCACUUUGUCAGGGAUGGGAGCUGGGAUGGCGACAACAAUGAAACACACGCCUUUUUUAGGGGAGAUAAUCAAGACGGUGUUGAUGAGGACAUGAACGUGAAAGUCGAGAGGCAAGAUUAA